CAUGUGGGGUAUGUCUAUCCAAAAAAAUUCAGCUCAAAACUCGACGUAUAUUUGGAGAUUAAAAAGAAACAAAUUAGAAUGUGAAAAGUGGCAGCUUUGGGUGAAUAGUACUUUGCCACUAUUCACCUCUAAUUUUGUUUUUUUGUUUCUAUUAAUGUAGUUCAAAUUAGGUGCUGUAAUUUCUUGGGAGUUGAACAUUAACCAUUGAUGUGUGUCUAUAUUUUUUUAAGAAUGUUUGAACAUGUAGAUUUUUUUUUCAAAAAAAAAUAACUCAUUGAUCUCACCUAAUAUGAGCCACACAAGUCUCCCCCUACUUUUAUGUACGCCUUCAAAAGACUGACAUGACUUGAGAUUGAUAAAGUCACCACAGAUGUUCGCUAUCAUGGACACAUCACUUACCAUUGAAAAAAUAAAUCCAUAAAAUCCUGAAAUUGAAGAAGAAAAUGCAAACACCCAUGUCAAGGCUAAGGCUUGAACCCGGUGGUAAUUGCUAAAGGCUUGAAUCCAUAAAUCGAUCAAUGCAAGUGUAUUUUAUUUUAUUUUGUGUAAAAGGUACUCUUUCACGCUAGAAAAAGUACUCCAAAACCAAAGAAAAUAUGCAUUCGAGUGAGAGUUGGUUGGCGAAAAGAAACUUAAAUAUCUCAGACACAUUUCUAAAAAUCAGGAUCAACAUCCACCUAUCCUCUUGUCCAAAUCACUCCAUAUGCAUCUUAUAAACUAAUUUGAAAUAUGCCAAACGGGCAGUGGCCUAUUUGGAAUUAACUCUUUUUUACAAUGGCAAUUUUCUUGAGUCACUUUUUGCAGUGGCAUUUUUCAAUGCACGAAGUUGGCAGUGACAUGUACCAAAUUAACCCUAUAAAUAUUUUUGCAAUUUUUUUAACCCUACAAGUAAUAAAAGAAAAGGAAGUAGCAAUUCCACACAACACGUCAAGUCAAAACCCAAUUUCACACGGCAGGCAAAGACUCACACUACCUUGACAUAGUCAGACACCUUCUAACUUUUCCAAAUUGAGCAACACCUCCAUGACUUGACGCCCAACUAGCUAGUAUCACCCAUUGCUAUUUUUAUCCCUCUUUCAUUGCAGCACUUGAGCUCAGAGUCAAGAGUCGAGGAGGUUUACAAUCAAUGGAUAUCCUCAUCUCAGCAAUCGCAGGUGACCUUGUCGGCAGGUCGAUGUCGUUUUUGAUCAGCAAAUACUUCCAGCAGCAACCUGACGUCAGCAAGAUUGCCCAGAGGCUACAGAGUGUUGUAUUGAGAAUCGACACCGUCGUCGAGGAGGCCCAGGGGAGGGACAUCACUAAUCAGGGUAUGCUCUGUCAGCUCAAGAUGUUGAGGGAAGAAAUGUACAGAGGACACUAUGUUCUUGAUGCCUUGAGAUUCCGACCCGCCCUCGACGAGGAAGGAGAGGAGGGGAUGAGCCACUCAUUGGCUGUGCCGCGUAAAUCCAGUCCAGCCAAACGGCUCCGUUUCUCUCGCACCAGCAGCAGCAGCAGAGAAGCACUGUUAAUUGACACAAAUAGGAACAUACGACAAGAGCUGCAACAGAUGGUUGAUACCCUUGAAGACACCAUGGAUGGUAUGAAGGAGUUUCUUUUCUUCUUGGAGUUAUAUCCUCGGAUGCUGCGCGAACCUUACGGCACAUAUUUGUUCUUGGACAAUUGCAUAUUUGGUCGCCAAACGGAACGGCGGCGGAUUCUGAAUUUCUUGAUGUGUCCUAGUGCUACUCCAGAUUUGGCUAUACUUCCGAUCGUUGGCCCAAUAAGAGUAGGGAAGAGCACUCUUGUUGAGAAUAUCUGUAGAGAUGAUAGUGUGCGCGAUCGCUUCUCAAUGAUCCUCUUCUUUCCGGAAGGCAGUCUCAAGGAUGAAAGAGUGGUCAACCUGAGAGAAAACAAUAUUAAAUUCAGACAUCAGAAUUUUGCUUCUCAAAACAGGUUGCUGAUUAUUAUCGAAACAGCCAACGAUAUUAACGAGGAAACAUGGAGAAGGCUGAAAUCUUCUGCAACAUGCAUGACACCUUGCGGUGAGAGCAAAAUCAUAAUCACCAGUUGGUCAGAUAGAAUUGUGAAUCUGGGAACAACGGAAGCACUUCGACUGGACUAUCUCCCACAAGAAGCUUACUGGCAUUUUUUCAAGUCACUCGUAUUCAGAAGCACAAACUCUGAUGAGCAGCCAAAACUGGCAACAAUGGCCAUGGAGAUCGCUUUGGAACUGCGACAGUGUUUCACAAGCGCGCGUAUCGCUGCUGGGAUAUUGCGAGAUAACUUUAAUGCUCGAUUCUGGCGCACGGUUCUUGAUUGUGUGAGAGAAAGUAAACAGACAAAUCUCCUUAUGUUUGACCAGCACCCAUACCUUCGUUUGCGGGAAGAUGCACCGAUGUAUUGUUGGAGAUUGGUGAAGGGACACAGAUAUUUCUUCAUUUGCAACCAUCAUCAGUCAGAAUCCAGUGAGAAUGUCCCCAAGAUCAAUCUGCAGGACAUCAUGUUAGGAUGUGGUGGUAAACUACCCUGUGGAGAAUUUGAGGCUCUUGCAUGGAGGUCUCGCAUACCGCCCUACUACAACUACACGGUAAGCUGUAAGAUGCAAGCACCACAACUUACCGUGGGAAGGAAGAAGCGUGUGCAUCAAGAGGAAGAACAUUUUGUUUGAGUAGCACACUGUCUGUGACUCAUAUCAUGUAUGUUACGAUGUUGUCCUGCGAAUUAGGAAAUAUUAUUCCUCUGCCUUAAUUAAGGAGUUUUGUCA